AUGACUUUCGCUUACAACGAUACACACCGUCUUUUCUUGCAAGCCUCUAUUGCAGAACGAAUCUUUUCAGAGACCACAGCAGAAGAAAUGUACCGUAAGUCCUGUGAAGCGACUUCAGUGGAAUAUGAAAUCGAAAGCUUUGAUGAUUUUAUGGCAGCAUUAAACGAUAGGCUCCAUCGAGUUGAUAUGGAAUUUCGCAAGAGCCACGACGAAGAAAAUGGAAACACGGUUUGGGCACUGGUAAACACAAACGGAGACGAGGUUGCGAAGUUGGCGACAGAAUAUUCACCGAAUGAAAUCGCUUUUUUCAGACGAAUUCUUGAACUGAUAGUAACUGCAGAUGGCGAAGCAUUCUCAGUGUCCUCGAUCUCUGCUUUGCGAGAAGGUCCGUUGUUGAAACCACAAAUUACAAAAACUGCAACAGAAGCAUUAUUACAGAAAUUUGUAGAUGAUAAGUGGCUUAUAAGAUCCUCAUCAGGUAGAUAUUCAAUGAGUGCGAGAGCUAUACUAGAGUUACAGAGUUUGUUGAAGGAGGAGUUUGAGGAUUACAUAUUAGAAUGCACUUUGUGUUACGAAAUUGUUACUAAGGGUCAACGCUGUAAGACCACAAAGUGCAAGGCACGAUUUCAUCAUCAUUGUGCGCAG